CGCGCAGGGCAGAGGUGUCCCUGGCGGCGCGGUGCCGGCAGCGCGUCCUGCUGCCAAUCCCGCAUCUCCCGGUCCCAGCCAUGGAGCACUCGCAGGUUGCCAUCAUCGGCAGCGGACUCAUUGGUCGCAGCUGGGCCAUGGUAUUUGCUGCUGGAGGCUUCAAAGUGAAACUUUAUGAUAUUGCACAACAGCAGCUAACAAGCGCACUGGAAAAUAUUCGCAAACAAAUGAAAGAGAUGGAGAAGUCGGGAUUCCUGAAAGGAUCUUCUAGUGCGGAACAGCAGUUUGCUCUCAUUAGCGUUUGUACAGACCUGAAGGCAGCAGUAGAGGGUGCUGCUUUCAUUCAGGAAUGCACUCCAGAGAACCUGGAACUGAAAAAGAAGAUUUUUGGUCAGUUGGAUCUUAUUGUGGGCGACAAUGUUAUCUUGAGCAGCUCGACCUCUUGUCUCUUACCCAGCAAAUUGUUCGCUGGCCUUAAACAUGUUAAGCAGUGUAUUGUAUCACAUCCUGUAAAUCCACCUUACUUUGUGCCAUUGGUUGAAAUUGUUCCUCAUCCAGAAACAGAUCCUUCUACUACAGAAAGAACGUAUGCCCUAAUGAAGAAGAUUGGUCAAUCUCCUGUCAAACUAAACAGAGAAAUUGAGGGCUUUGUUCUGAAUCGACUACAAUAUGCAGUGAUAAGUGAAGCCUGGAGACUUGUGGGCGAAGGAGUAAUAUCUCCUACUGAUCUAGACCUUGUGAUGUCUGAUGGAUUGGGAAUGCGAUAUGCAUUUAUUGGACCUCUGGAAACCAUGCAUCUUAAUGCAGAAGGUAUUGCAAGUUAUUGUGAAAGAUACUCUGAAGGAAUGAGACUUGUUCUGAACACCUUUGGGCCAGUUCCAGAAUUUUCAGGUGAAGUUGUGCAGAAAGUCAAUCAGGCAAUGACUGAAAAAAUUCCAGUUGUGCCAAAAGUCUUGGAUGCCAGGAGAAAAUGGAGAGAUGAAUGUCUCAGUGGUCUUGCCAAACUGAAAACACAAAUGAAAUCCAACUGAGGUGCACCUUGUCUAACAGGAGAGACCAAAUGAAGAGCAGAUCUUCAUAAAAAAGUGGAAAUUUUUUGUCGUGCGGAAGAGGAGACUGAAUGUGCAACCAAUGAUAUGUGCACAUGUAGAGACCAAUGAAACAUUUGGUCCAAAUUUGACAAAUUAAUGAAUAACUAGAAACAGUUAUUAAAAAGUUCAGUUAAAAUUUAUCAAAUUACUGUAUAAAUGCAUUAGAUGUGCAGGCAUUAAGUAGCUUUAGCAAUAUUAAUAUUGUGCAAUGCUGGAACACAAUCGUGUUUUAAAUAAUGAAUUUUUCAGCUUGCUUAGGAAUUCAGCACUUGAACAAUAUUUGCUUAUGCAGGGAUCUGAAAAAGGCAAACAUCAGCUGUUUGUCACUGGAGAAAAUAAGCCCACACUCACCAAUCACUGUGACAGUGAGGUUAAUUUGUGAAGCUCUGGCUGCAGAUAGGAGAAGGUUGCAUUGAGCAAAGAGGGGAUUCACUGGCCAGUGAGCUGAGACCUCAGCAGCAGUAAGGGUCACUUCAACUCAUAUCUGUUACUGUACCACAAUGUAGGGGAAAGAAUUGCUCCUCCUUUCCCACCCUUUGGCACUUCUGUACUUGUAUGGUGAUCUAAAUGUAAGUAAAUAGAGCAGAAUUCCCCCUUCAUUCCCUACCCCUGGUUCUGUUAGACUUACCAGAGACCUACUUGGUCUUUAAGACCAUGCACUUGAUACCCCAUGGCUUCGCCCACCGAUGUUUGAUGCUGGCCAUUGGCAUUGCUGCAUUAGUAUGUGCCUCGUUUUAAGACUUGUCUCUGAGAAAUAAGAGAUUUUGAUUUAGUAGCUAGUUUGGGAGACAGUACCGUGUAGUGGGUCUGUCUGGGCUUUCUCCAUGAUCAUAUGAAUGAUCUUGGGAAGCCAGUUCACCUCUCUUGUGCCACGUCUGUUUUAUACAUUAGCUGAAACAAGAUCUGCUUCUUUAGGACUCAGCUGUAGUGAGUGUAACAGCUGCAGCUGAAGGGACCGCAGGUAUCUGGGUUGGAACUAGAUGAUCUUUAAGGUCCCUUCCAACACAAGCCGUUCUAUGAUUCUGUGAUCUGCUAUUUUGCUGCCCUGCAGAGGGAAAGAUACAGUGGCUUAAAUGUAGCAUUUAGGCUUUACUGCUGCCCUUCCCUCGGGAAACACAACUUCUCGUCCAUGGACAGGGAGGCAGGAAACACCUGGAAGUAGUAUCAACCUCAGGUGCUGCAGUGGCAUGUUUUCAUCCACAGCAGACAAAGUGUUAUUAUGAAUGUCUGAACCCUGUAAUAUGGUUGGACUUUGAUCUUAGCUGGAACCUUGGGGCAUUAUUGUUAUGCAGAUAGUAAGAAUAACUUGAAACAGGGCAUUGCACCCACCCUUCUUGAGUUAUGCAUUUCUGAAUUUGUGCUAACUGAUCAUGGAACUUCAGUCACAGCACAGAUGCAGAAGUUUUAAGCUGUCAUUUUGCUAAUUCUCUUGGUUUUUUAUAGAGGACACAAACAAGCUGUUGAAAUUUUAUUAGUUACCAUUUUGAACUGAACAGCAGAAAUGUCUGCAUGAACAUACCAAUACCACUUAUUUCUGCUUAGGUCACAGUAAAAGAUGCAGGAUAAAUUGUAUUGCUUGACACAAAUGGUGGGCCAAGAAGAGAUUUCUGGAUGUGAAACAUAGGAUGGGAGGCAUAGUGCAGAGAUUGUCCUGUGCUUCUUUAUAAUCAUCUGAGAGAAA